ACGCUGCCUCUCUCUCCUCGACGCCCACUGCCGCUCGCACAGCCUACCUCCUGCAAGCUAACCCACGCCCGCACGGCCCUCAACACCCACAAGAACAUACACGCUCCUUACAUUUCACGACUCUUCCACAUCUAUGCGCGCACUCGGCCUCCUCGCGGCGGUGUGUGUUGCCCUCCACGCCACCGCCGCGCCUAUGCAGAUGUCCAAGGUGGUCCCUGUCCCUGGUCUAGGCGACUUUACUCUCGGUGCCAUAGGACCUACAGCCGUCCCGAACGCGAACCUCCCGAGCCCUCAACUUCCAGGCGGCGUGUCGCAUGCCCGUCGUUCGAACCAUGACUCUGUCGACAUCCGCCCUCGGCAAAUUCACAGUGCUGAUUUUGAGGCUAGCCCCAACUCGACCCUUCCUGCGGUUCCUCAGGCUGGACAGGCCCCCAGCAAGCGCGAUCCCAGCUAUACUCCUGUGGUUACUCCUGGUGCCUACAAGCGUGACUCUGGCUUUGUCUCCCGUGGUCUUGCCUCUGGUGUUCACAAACGCGCCGAGAAAAAGAAGGAAUACCAUGCGCACAUGCGGAACGAGCAGCAGGGGAAGGACAAGAACAAGCUCGACAUCUCACAGUUCGAGUCUCGCAAUCUCGGGGAGCCCCCGGAACCGGUCUACGAGCGCACUGCUCACGUUGACAAGCGUGAACCAGGGGAUAUGUUUCCUGCAUCUGCCUCUUUGCGUAGAUACGAGGACGACGAACAGAUGGCUCGCCGCGACGAGGAACGUCAAUCAUCGAAGGAUUCGCACCACAGAUCCUCUGGACAUGACACCGAGACUCUUCAGAAGCUUGCUCGCCGGGCGGACACCAAGCAUAAACACAAGCAUGUGGGGACAUCUGGUCAGAGAAGUGAGCCUUCCGCACAACUGGCUCGCCGCGCGGUCGAUCGCUCCAAGUAUGCGAAGACCGCGCAUAAGAAGACCCCUGCCGCGAACACUCUGGAUACCCGCCCCCAGGACCGCACCUCGCAGGACGACGCUACUGGCCCCGCCGCGUACAGCUCUGGGCUCGCAAGUGGCGUGAAGUCCAUCGGCGCCGUGCCACAUGCCCUUUCUGGCGUGACUGGUGCCGCCCCGGUCACGAUCCCCGACACACCUCUCACCAGUGCAGACAACAGCGCUGCGGAAGCUGCCGCAGCGCAGGCCGCCGCCCAGGAGGCCGCAGCGCCCCACCCAGUGGACGAAGAGGUGCCCACGACCGCGAACGCCGGCGCGUACCCACACGUCGACAGCUACAAGUACACGGAUCCCGUCCCCGGCGCGGACGCGGACGCAAACGUGCAGUCAGCGCCAACCGUGAAGCGUCAUUCGUUCGUAUUUGACACGGAUCCGCUGAUGCCAUCCCAGAACAUGACCGGCAAGGACCCGAGCAUGGGCGUGCUCAAUUUCGACAGCAACCUCCCUGCGAAGGAGGUGCCUGCGAAGACUGCAGAGAAGACCAUGCCUGUGGAGGACCCCAAUAGUGCGGUAGACAACGUUCCUUCAGCGGAUCCUACUGCGGUUCCGGCGCCUGCCCCCGCUCCUGCUAAGAACCAAGAUGUCCCGUCCAAUCCCGCGUACGCGCCGUCUGCUUGAG